AUGCCGGAAUUCAGCGAUUCUUUCUGGUCCAGCGAUUAUGCUGCAGGACUCGGUGUUCUCUUCGGAAAACUUCAACAAGGCGUGCUAGAGAACCGACAGGUGCUCACAAUAGCACGCCUUCGCGCCGAAGCCGAAGAAGCCUAUGGUAACAAACUGAGCGAAAUCGCACCGACCGCCGACAGGAUUCAGGGGGGAUUUGGUCGCGAUGAUGGGGCAACCGUCAGGAAGGCCUACGAGGGCGUCCGAACCGAGAUGCAAGAGGGCGCCAAGAACCACAAGAAGAUUGCCCAGAGCAUUCGCGACCUGGUCGUUAACCCCUUCUCAAGAUGGUGCGAUGCUCAUGAGCAGCGUGUUCAGGACUCACAAGACGAACUACAAUCACGUAUAAAGGCGCACGACAAGCAAGCAGAACUGGUCAAGAAGCUUCGUAGCAACUACUUCAACAAGUGCCGCCUUGUUGAGGAUCUCGAAGAGGAGAACAAGCUGGCGUUCCAGGACCCAGAGAACAGCCCAAGCAAAACUACCAACGUGCCCGAGAUCAAGGUUGACAAGGAGAAGGAGGUCGAUGACGAAGACGAAAUGUACGAGAUUGGCGACGAGAUGUUCACUCGCGACCAGAUCAAGAAAAUCGUAGCUCAUAUGCUGGAUCACAUCAAGAUGGGCGAGACCAAGGUGCCCAUAUUGGGAACAUACCUGAACACUUCUGCUGGCUCUGACAUUGUCGAGUAUCUUCAGCGCAACAUGGGCACAUCGAGCGUGAGCUACGCCGAGCGCAUAGGACAGGACCUGGUCAACCACAAGUUUCUGCGGUUGAUCGGAAACGUGGGUAACACCUUCGCGAACAGCUCACGCAUGUUCUACCAGUGGCAGAGCAAGGCCUUUACGAUUGCCGGCAUGCCCGAAAAGAAGACAUCACUGAACAGGACGUUGUCAAUGCCUUCAACCACGUCCGAGGGCUCCGACUCACCGGUUGUCGGCGCUGUUAGCGAGUAUUUGGAAAAGUGGAACCUCGUCAACACGGGACCUCCCAACGAAACACCUGCCGAACGCCUACGUCGCGAGCAAAGGGAGUCUGACGAGCGGUACAAGGCUGGAGUGCGCAAGCUGGACGAGCUGCGCUGCGAUCUCGAAGAGCAGAUCUUUGUCCACCUCAGGUUCCUGGAACGAUGCGAGCUCGACCGUCUGAAGGCGAUUAAGACUGUAAUUUUGGACUUUUCGGGCACCAUUAGCAACGUCAUCCCGAGUCUUCAGUCUGCAGUCGACAACAUGAUGCUGUACCAAGAGACUGUGCAGCCGUUGAGUGAUUUGCGCUACCUACUGGAGAAUUACCGCACUGGAAGCUUUAUCCCUAAGGUUGUAACAUACGAGAACUACUACAACAAGGUUGACGACCAAACCUUUGGUGUCGAUCUCGAGGCCCGUGCUCGCGCCGACAAGAAGCGCGUGCCCAUAAUCAUCACAACAAUCCUCACAUACCUCGACCACCACUACCCCGACCUUGAGGGUGACGACGCCAGGCGCGGCGUUUGGCUGGUGGAAGUGCCGCUCUCGCAGACUCACAGAUUGCGGAACAGAGUAAACAACGGCCGGGUCUUCUCCACAGAGGUGUUUGCAGACUUUGAUAUCCCUACGGUCGCGAGCUUACUGAAGCUAUACUUGCUUGAGCUUCCUGACUCGCUCGUGUCUUCCCACGUCUACGAGAUCAUCCGCACGAUAUACCAGCAGCCCGCAACUGAAGGUUCCGAAAACUCGAGAAUCGCCAUCCUCCAACAGACGCUAUCACAGCUGAGGCUUACCAACAUCGCUACCCUUGACGCCUGCAUGAAUCACUUUACGAGACUGAUAGAUCUCACCUCGGCAGAUGAGGCCUAUGUCACAGCACUGGCGAAUGUGCUGGCUCCUUGCAUCCUCCGACCCAAGGUUGAGACUUCGCUCACAAUGGAGGAGAAGCAUGCUUACCGCUUGAUACGGGAUCUUUUCCAGCACAAGGAUCCUAUUUUCAGCGAACUCAAGAGGAUGUCAACACUUUCCCACUCUGCCUCGGUAGGGAGCCGCGGUUCCACACCAGCAGCCAACGAUGGGCCAAGCGACAGCAAGAAUGAACGUAGGCCCCGCGCCAUCAGCACAGAUGAGAGCAACAGGCGGGCCAACAUGGAGGAGCGCAACAGGCUGGUUCUCGAGAAGGCGGCUGGCAGUCGGAGCCGUGCCACAUCACCUGCGCCUGGACCCAGGGGCCACAGGCGCGACAGGAGUAGCGGCGGUCCGGAAACAAGAUUCCCCGUAUCGCCAACAGCAACACACCACCCCAGACAUAGCAUGGGGCCGAUCAUGGGCAUCAAGAGAUCUAGCCUUGAGGUUCCAGGUGGCGAGUCUCCCUCCUCUACGGGAAGCAAUGAAACCUCGCAUGCGGGCAGUAAUGGCACGCAAUCAACUGGUCUGGCCGACUCACCGGUUAUUACCGAAAUGAUUGCCGAUUCCAACGUCAACAAACGAAACAGUCUGGGGCGCAGCGGAGCUCGGUUUGUUGGCGGGCGGAGAGUAACAGGCCCGUCUGUCGCGGGUGGUGCAAUACCGGAGACGUCUGCCACUGAUGGUGCAAUCAGCGGGGACGUUGAAAGAGUCCGGGAUAGCAUGCAUGGAGUCACAUUGGUGGACAAACCCAUGGACGACUAG